AUGCUGGAGGAGAUCACCGGACCACCUCUUAAGCCGCAGCAGAGACUUACACUUCUUAAGCGUCAUUGCGUGCUAAAAGUUUUGCACCAGUUGGUACUUGGAGCAGUGCAUCGCAACACUCUGAAACGAUUGGAUUUACAAGUACGACAGGCGGUACGGAAGUGGCUGAAGCUCCCGGCGGACACGCCAAUCUCUUUCUUGCACACUGCUACUCGAGACGGGGUCCUUGGUGUCCCAUGCUUGGCAGUUCACGUUCCUUUUGUUAGCCGCCGACGACCAGAUUCAGUGCUCUCCCCAAAAGAGCCUGCAGUACGAGCAGCUGCCGCUGUCCCUUCUGCCUUCUCUUGUAUGCAGCUAGCAGCUCAACCGGUGCGUCUGAGCCAAUCGGUCCUGGCAAGUAAAGAGGACGCAAGGAACUACUGGAGGACUUCUCUCUAUGCUUCCGCGGACGGUCGACCGCUCGCUCACUUUGCUGAAUCUACCAGUGCCAAUCAUUGGCUUUCCUCUCCGGACCGAGUCUUUCCAUGGCUCUUCUUGCGUGGCAUCCACUUUCGGGCGGGUAUUCUCUCUACCAAAUCCCGCAAAUCCCGGAGAACCGGCUCUGAGGAUGUAUUGUGUCGAGGCCAGUGUGGCCAACGUGAGACCUUAUUCCACAUACUCCAGUGCUGUCAAGUAACGCAUCAUGCCCCCGUGUUGCAACAUAAUUUGGUCAUGAAGCUACUAGCAGGGCGUUUGAUGAGCGAUGGACGAGACCUCUUGAUUGAGCCCCACGUCCCCGAGGGCAACUCCUUCUGCAAACCGGACAUCGUCACGAGCACGGAGAAUUCAAUAACGGUGAUUGAUGUGGCCGUAGCGCGAGAGGACAUAAUGGACGGAGUCUACGCUGGUUAA